UGUAUAAGAAAAAGUGGAAAGCGUAAUUCUAUCACGCAUUCAAAUAAAAUAAUUUCCUGUAAUACAAACAAUAAGUUACAAAAAAAGUAAAAACAAGUUAAACUGAACGCAUCUAAAAAAUCAAAAAUGUUUACUCGUCCGUUAUAUAAUGCUCAACCCAGUCAAGCUACAAAAAUUCUAGAUCCUGCUGCACCCAAUUAUCGUAUGGGCGAUUAUGGCUACGGUAAAGAGGAUGCAAGAGUUUUUCAAGUUAAGAAAAAUGGACCUAUACAUUCCAUAUUAGAAUACAAAGUAAGUGCUUAUAUGCGUCUGGGUAGUCAUAAAGAAUAUUACGAAGCGAAUAACUGUGAUAUAAUUGGUAGCGAUGUUGCUGAAACUACUAUUUAUAUGCAUGCACGCAAAUAUGGUCUUAAGACUCCAGAAGAAUUCGCGCUAUCACUCACUAAACAUUUUCUCGACACAUACAAUAUUAUAGCCGAGUCAAAUGUUGUUGUCGAAGAUUUGCAGUGGGAUCGUCUAGGCACUAAAGAGAGUGAAGGCUAUUAUAAAGAUGCUGCACAUAACCACGUAUUUACGAGAAAUUGUAAUGAAAAACGGUAUUGUGAAGUUGUUCGCAAAAGGGGAGAGGACAAACCAUUACUAAUUGGUGGUAUAAGUGAUUUGCGUGUUAUUAAAACUGCUAAAUCCUCAUUUGUGGGUUAUGUUAAAGGUGAUCUGUUUACAGAGGGUGAUAUGCCGGAGCGUAUACUCUGUACAGACCUGAAUGCUAGAUGGCAAUAUGCAACUAUUGAUAAUAUUGAUUUCACAAAACAUUGGUAUAAAGUACGCGAAAUUUUACUUAAGAGUUUUGCUGGUCAUCCAGUGGACGGCUUUAGUACAACGUCUGUGCAAUUUAUUGCUUAUACAGCGGAGCGUAAUAUAUUGGAUGCUAUGCCAGAGAUUUGCAGUGUUAUGAUAACAUUGCCAAAUUAUCCCCAUCUGCAGUAUGAUUUUUCACGUUUCCCAUCCUUUGAAUCUGAAGUUGACGUAAUUAUAAGCAAUCCAAGGGAUCUACCUCGAAGUGUUGGUUAUGCACAUUUAGACCGUCUUAAAUUAAACGAAAACUAAUUAAAAUCUACAGAAAUUAAAUUCUUUGAAAUAGUGAUAUCACAACAAUAAAAUAAAUACAAACAAUAAAAUAGCACAAAUUCGUUUUUAGU